AAAAUGAGAAGAGAUUUUGAUCUUGAGGAAGAAGAGAUUGAUUAUUCAAGAGCGACUUCAAGGAAAAGCAGGGGAGAUAAGAGCAGAAGUAGCAGAGUAGCCCCAGGAACUUCAGUCAAACCUUAUUUCCUUGAUAAAAGAGUUCUGAUAACUGGUUCCUCAAGUGGAAUUGGUAGAUGUCUCGCUUAUUGGUUUUUGAAUAACGGUGCAAGAGUUGGAUUAGUAGGAAGAGAUAAAGAAUCUCUUACAGAUAUUGGAAGAGACUUUCCAUCCCAAGCCAUCGUUAUUCAUUGAGACCUCGCUGAUGAUAAGCAACAAUAUGAAAUGGCUGGCGGAGUAAUAGAAAAAUUUGGAGGUCUAGAUAUUUUGGUCAACUGAGCAGGAGCUAUUUUUGAAGGUGAUGUUGAGAGAACUUUUCCACAAGACUUUGAUUAUCUAUGUGAUAUCAAUUUGAGACUCCCAUUUCAUCUAAUUUCUCUUUUCCAGCCCUUCUUAGAAAAAUCAGGAGGAUGAAUAAUAAAUCUAAGCUGCAUCAACGGACACAGACCAACUCAAGGAUUGAUUUCAUAUGCGAUGUCUAAAGCAGGAUUAGAGAUGCUUACUAAAUGAGCAGCUCUUGAGCUGGCUCCUCUAGGAAUCAGAGUGAAUGCUGUCGCUCCAUCUCUCUGUGAUACAAACCUUUUCAGGUAUUCUGGUCUAACCGAAACUGAGUUUUAUGCAAUGAAAAGUAGAGCUAAGGAUACCAAUCCGAUGCACAAAGUUGCUCUCCCAGAAGAAGUGGCUAAAGCUAUCGUUUUUCUUGCAUCAGAUAGAGCAAAGAGGAUCACUGGCCAUAUUCUAAAGGUUGAUGGUGGAAAAUCCCUCACUAACCUCUCUACUGUUGAUUGGUACGGAACUGACGUGAUGAACAGACGGUUCGAGGCUCCUCAAGGAGGAGUAUCAAAGAUUAGCAAUUUCUGGAAGAAGGUCAAGACUAGCUUGCUUGAUGCCACUCAGGGAGCUCCUGUGGGGUCAACAGACUGGAUCAAUGCUCACCAGAAAUCUAAUUGGGCAACUCAUGAUGCUGAAGCGCAUGAAAAAGUUGACCUAGACUAUGGUGCUUACAGAAUAGAUGCAGAUAAGAACAUUGAGUACGAGAGAGCAAAUUUAAGAGGUGGUGCUAAUUACCCAGCCAAGGCUGAAUACAGAACUUACGAUAGAUAUACAUAUGGAGGUGGAAGAUCUGGAGGAGGAAUGGGCGACCCAAGAGGUUCAGCAGGAAGAAGAACACAUUUUUAA